AUGCAGAUUCAAGCCUUGUUUUUCUUUGUGCUCUCUGCCACUGUCAUGAGCCGCAGUGUAGUCCCUCAGCCCUCGCUCAACACCAGAGCCGUUGGCAUCAAUUCGUCCUCCAACCGCUUCUCCAGCGCUCUUGACCGCAGAUCCAUUAUUUUAAGACGCGCAGGAGCCCCAGGCAGUGGGAACGAAGAACAAGGUCUCACUGGCGAUCCAAAGAAGGCAGAGAGUGGAAGCCCGACAGAUGACCAAAAGAAAGAUGGCGACAAAAAGGAAGACGAGCAGAAGAACGACGGAGGAGAGAAGAAGGAUGCCGAGAAGAAGGAUGCCGAGAAGAAGGAUGGAGACAAGAAGGAUGGAGACAAGAAGGAUGGAGAGAAGAAGGACGCAGAGAAGAAGGAUGGGGAGAAGAAGCCGCCAGGCGAGGAUAAAAAGGAAGAUGCCACAAAGAACGAAGCGGACAGCAACAAAGAGGACGGCAAGGACAACAAAGACUUGAAGGACGGAGCAAAAGAAGAUGGCAAGAAAGCAGGCAAUGGAUCCGCCGAGAAAGUCCCCGACACACCAGAAGGCAUCCAACAAAAGAUCGAUGCCGAGAAAGCCAAGCUUGCUAAACUAAACCAACGAGUCAAGGCCAAAGAAGACCGGAUUGCUACACUGGAAGAAAGGCUUAAACGAGUUGGCGGCGGCGCUCCUGCCGGUCCCCCUAGCCCUGGCCCGGAUCCCAACAACCCAGGCGGUCCUCCUGGUCCUGACCCUAACAAGGCAGGCGGUCCCCCUCCUCCGGAUCCUACCAAGCCAGUCGGCCCCACCGGCCCGGACCCCACCAUCAACGGAGGCGGUCCUCCUGGUCCUGACCCUAAAAAGGGAGGCGGCACCCCUCCAACGGGUCCCAAGGCAGAUACACCCGCUCCUCUGGAUCCUACCAAGCCAACCGGCCCCACCGGCCCGGACCCCACCAAGGCGGCUGGGGACCUUGACAACGAUGCUGGCGAUGACUCGUGUGCACCCGAGACAGGAGACACUGACAAGAACUCGUCAGAAUCUGGCAAAGCAGACGCUGACAAGAAACCAUUAGACUCUGGAAAAGCAGAUGUGCCCCCGAACGACCAGCCUGGACUCGGAGGAAAGUGA